AACCUUCAGAAUUGGGGAUGGCGUACCACCCCUUUCUGCUGCCGCCCUUACCCGGGCCGCCCCGGCACAGUGAUUUUAGUAUGAACUCAAUCCUAACGCCGCCCCAUCACUACCUACCGGCGGCAGCUUUCCACUCAUUGCCACCGUCGCAUCUUUUUCCGAAGCCACCGCUCACUGCUGAGGAUGUGUUGGCGCCCCAUCAUUUACGCCCUACUUUGAGACCCCCCAUGGAGCCCCCUGAAGAUGAUGGUGUGAAAGAUGAUCCGAAAGUAACUUUGGAAUCAAAAGACCUCUGGGAUCAGUUUCAUCAACUGGGGACAGAAAUGGUGAUUACAAAAUCUGGAAGACGUAUGUUUCCUGCCUACAAAGUCCGGGUGAGCGGCCUAGACAAGAAAGCUAAAUACAUUCUACUGAUGGACAUUGUAGCAGCAGACGAUUGUCGGUAUAAAUUCCAUAAUAGCCGGUGGGUAGUGGCAGGGAAGGCCGACCCCGAGAUGCCCAAGAGGAUGUAUAUCCAUCCUGAUUCACCAUCCACUGGUGAACAAUGGAUGCAGAAAGUUGUCUCCUUUCACAAACUGAAAAUCACAAACAAUAUCUCAGACAAACAUGGCUUUACGAUCCUGAACUCGAUGCACAAGUACCAACCCAGGUUCCAUCUGGUGAGGGCAAACGACAUCUUGAAACUUCCUUAUUCCACAUUUAGAACGUACGUCUUCAAGGAAACAGAAUUCAUCGCCGUCACUGCUUAUCAAAACGAAAAGAUUACUCAACUAAAAAUCGACAAUAACCCUUUUGCGAAAGGCUUUAGAGAUACUGGUGCUGGUAAAAGAGAAAAAAAAAGACAGGGCAUGCUGCUAUCUCAAGACAGUACGUCACGUGACAGGUCAAGUGGUGGAUUGAAUGAUAGUCAGAGAAUGGACGAUGACACAAGUGACGAAGAAGAUGAAAAAGUCGACGUUGGAGGGGUGGCAGAUCUUGCACCAAGCUUCACUUUUACCGGUGAUCAAGAAGUUCCAAGCAACCGACUAAGAUCAAAAGACACCGAUGGUGACUCACCCUUAAAAGAAUCCUUUCCAACCAACUUCGAAUCAAAUGGAAUAUCACCUAACGAACCAACUCCUAUCAUCAGCGAGGGUGGACCAGGUCUUAGCAUUUCCUCCUCCUUUCCCCCAUCUCAUAUGAUGCCCUACCUCUAUUCUUCCGGACUUUACAUGCCACCUCCUCCUCCUGGCGUGUUCUUACCCGGUGGCAACCCCACGCCAUUUUCUUUACCUGGACAUUUCGGGCAAAACCCAUCGACGUCUUCGUUUCAUCCAAAUUUGCUUUUGAACGCUCAUUUAGCAAUGUCCCAAUCCAUAUUCAACCAAAGUUACUCGCCUACUACAGAAGCCCUGAAGUACCACCAACAAAGGUUUUGGCCAUAUCCAAUGGUCACUACGCCUGUUUCUGUGCCUGGACCUCAACCACUGGCUCCUGAACUUCGAUCACCCAUGUCUACUGGCUCACCCUAUGAAGGUAGUCAUUUUAAAUGCUCUUCGUCACCUGGUUCAGACGCUGGGGCUAGCUCGGUUGGGUCCACGUCUAGUGAUUUAAAGAGUAUGGAGAACAUGGUGAAUGGACUUGAGAGGCAACAAGGUAUGCCAGUUACGCUAUCUACUUUGAGGGAUAAGUAGCCCAUGGAUUGUGUGCAUAGCAUAUAUUUUAAUGUUGAUCACGUGCUUCCUUGUCAGCUAAUGGGAAGAAAUCUUGAUCUCAAAACGUAAUUUGAGAUUUGUUCCUUAUUCAGUCCAUUUCAGUAGAAGAUUAGGAGGCUUGAAAUUGUACUCGAUGACCAAAACAAAAACUUGAAAAUAAAUUUCAAAACAAGUACAAUUCCAAACUGAUUUAAUUUAUGUCUUUUUUGUUUUCUGAAUCGAAAUCUAUUCGGAACAGAAAUAAUUAUUGCAUCAAUAAAGUAUGGAGGCAAAAUGCAUCUAAUUAGAACUACCAAACAGAGAUUGUAAGAAGAUAUCAUAGUCAAAUUCAAUCGGAACAUAAUGGGGACGUAUUCUACCGCAGAUAAAUAUCAUCUGUACAUAUUUGUUAACGGUAACAUAGAGGAGAUACUUUGAAAUAAAUGAAGAAAUAAUGAGGCAAAUUUUAUGACUGUGAAGAAAAACAUGAAGCAAAUUUUAUCGGCUUUGAAGACGGCUGUUGAUGUGCAAUAUUUCAAUACAAGCAAGUUUUUCUUGGAAAGUUUUGCAUUCUUUAUGCAUGCAAAUUUGAAGCAUCUUCCACAAUUCACAACUUCAGAACAAUUUCAACUUAAUCUCCCAAGGAAUAUAAAGAAUAGAAACUGAAGAAGAAAAUUGAAUUCACCUGGAGUCCUACAAAAAUUAAUAUUAGCAAAUGCAAAUUAUUAUUUUUAUUUGAUCAGUACAUUUACGAAUCGAUUAUGAAUAAGAUUUAAUUUUAUUCCACAGAAAAGCAAUAAUGACUUGGUUCGUUUAGGAUCCUAUCAAAUGUGUUUACGCAAAUAUUUUGUUGUGAAAAUAUGAUACUUUUUUUAAACGAUAUGUUGUCGCCAAUUGAUAAAAAUACGCCCCAAAACUUGCUAGUAUUUUUUUGUAAUAUUCUCUUUAUAAAGAGAGACCAUAAUUUAUGUUUCUAGAAUUCUUAUCAAAAAUAAAGACAAAAAAGUAGAUUCCUAUGAGGGAUAAAAUAAUACGAUCACUUCUUUACUAACUCUAUGUAAACAAUUUUUUUGGCAUAAAUGUUUUGAGAAGAUUUCACUUAACGAAGCUCUUGGCACAUCUCUAAGAUUAUGCUUGAAAUGUUAAGAAAUGAUGAUUUUUUUACCCAUGCGAAAUUUGCAAUAACCAAAAUGAGCAUAAAAAGAUUAAAACUUCUUUUCGUUUUUAAUAUCAUUAUAAUUCGAAAAGCAUUCUUACAUGACUAUCACAAUGCUAUUGAAUGAUUUUAAAAGUUACUGGUACUAAAGCUAGAAAGAAGUUAAUAGCUUUUUAACUUACCUUCGAACGAAACUUUCAUGGAACUUUUUUUCCACGGAUUAUAACCAUCGUUUUUAACAGCAGACUCAAUUUUCGGGUUUACGUUUACUAUAGUUCCACUCCGAAUCCAGAAGACAAGGGAGCUCCUGGAUUGUGAGAAAUUUGCCAUCGUGGAGGACUUCUUGAUGGAACUGACCCGUAUUUGGAUUGCAUGGAAAGGAAAAACCACUAACCCUCUUACGGUUAGCUUGAUGAAAAGAGGACUCUAGUCUAUGAUCCGUCUACCACUGAGAAUAUUCUUGCGGUGAAGGGGGAAGCACGAUCUUUCAACAUAUGCCAGAAGUUUUGGAAUUUAAAAUUUUCCAAAACAUCUGCUCAAAAAAAAAUUGCUUACAAGUUAGUAAUAGAAGUGUUGGUAUUAUUUUCUCACCCGUCUGUACAUUUAGGUUCGCAAAUUAAUAUUUAAAUGAGAAAAAUACAAAUGUUAUCCAUUUAUGACGAAUUAAAGUUGAGAAAGGUGGUAGAAUUGAACAUCAAAUCCUGUGUGAUGGCGGGAAGAAAUUAAAGGCUAUUAUUACAAAUAUCCAAAAUCUUCAAUCUACAAAGAAAUAGGUUUUGACGCUUGGAGUACCUUUAAAGAACACCUUAUGAAUCAUUUUUACAACAGUAGUAUAUUAAGUUAAUAAAAUUUUUCGUUCAUAAUGUUUUUCUUUACUUCCUGAAAAGAAUUUAUAAAUUCGGUACUCAUGAUAAUAGAUUUGACCUUCAAGCCACUUGAUCUUCUUUGAAGACUUUUUAAAAUAUAUUAGAAUAUUUCAGCAUAUACCAACUACAAGGGAAUUAAAAUGUAAACAUUUUACCACUAAAAUUUACUUCUAACAGUGAAACAUUUCCGUUUGUUAUAAUUCUAUUAUUAUUUAAGGUUUGAACUCUGAUUAAGACAUAUUUUUAAAAAAAUCUGGAUUGACAAUAUAAAUUAUCUUAAUUUAAUUCAACUAUUCAAAAAAUUAUUUAAUUAUUAAUUAAAUUUAUUAAUUCAAUUAUUCAAAACACAUUUAAUUCAUUCUGAAUUAAAUGUGUUAUGUAUAAGCUAAAUUUGCAGUAUAAAUCAACAGGGUUUAUUUUAAAGAUGAAAUUCCGAUUUAAGAUCGUUUGGCAUGAGCUAGAUUUUCAGAAUCGUGCAACAUUAAUUAAAGGUGAAUUAAAUAUAUUUGCCAUAAGUCAUAAUUUCUAAAUAAAACAACGUUUUAUUUAGAAAUUAUAAUGAAUUUAUGUAAUUAUGUUAAAGGAAGUCAGAAAUUAUGCUAAAGAAACGUUUCAUAUUAUUUAAAAAUGAAAUUUUGAAUUUAAUGCGGUUUUCUUGAUUUAAAUUUGCGGGAAAUUAUCAUUUUAUAUUAUUUAGAAACGAAAUAUUGAAUAAGAUAUAUUUGGUAUGAGCUAGUAUUAUAGAAUAUGUUCUCGUGUAACAUUAUUUAAAGAUAAAUUAAAUAUAUUUACUAUAAGUCAUAUUUUUCUUAGUAACGCUCAUUUUAUAUUAUUUAAAGAUGAAAUUCAAAAUUAAGUACAUUUUUCUAGAGUUAAAUUUGCAGGAAAUUACGGUUUUUUGUUAUUCAGAAGUGAAAUUUUGAAUCAGAUAUAUUUGCCAUAAGCUAGUUUUAUAGACUAAAUUAUCGUAUAACAUUAUUUAAAAGUGAAUUAUUUGCUAUGCGUCAGAUUUUCUUCGGAAAUUCAAAAUUAAAUAUGUUUUUCUCGAGCUGGAUUAUUAUCGUGUUAUAUUAUUCAGAGAAGAAAAUUUUGAAUAAGGUAUAUUUGGCAUGAAGUUAGAUUUGCAGUGUAAAUUAUCGUGUUAUAUAAUUGAAUGUGUAAAUAACUAAAGAUAUAUUGUGAUUUUCUGUUUUUUGUGCAAACAGAGGCUGGAGCACGCACUACAUCUGUGAUAUUUUCGUUGUUUUAAAAACAAAGACACUAUUAAUGACAAACCAAAAAUUAACAUGAAAAUAUGUACAUAAAUUUAUCUGUUUAACUGUAAAAUUACAUGUUUUGUGAUUGUCUUAUGGUGCUUUAUUGCUCUGUAGAAUUUUAAGUACUUGUAUAUUUGUUAAUGUUAAUCACUACAUUAUAUUUGAGAGAAGAGAAACGUGCUUUUUUAGGCGUUAUUUUCAUGUAAUUUGUAGUUUUAAAAGUAAAUAUAUCUUCUAUAAAUAAAUGUGAUUUAGAUUAUUUUGAAUUGAAUAUUAAAAAGCGUCAAAGAGAAAUAUCGAUAGAAAUGUGUGAAACUUAUUUGUUUUUUGUUUGCAUGAUGUUUUGUUGCAAAUCGUGAUAAAAAGUGAAUUAAAUAAAAGUUUUUAAAUUAUAA